AUAUGAAAGGGAUAUUAUUGGUGAUUCUCCCAAUCUGAUAUCAGUUGAGAAUAAAAAAAAUAAAAAAAAAAUAAAAACUCAAGCCCACUUUAAUAAAAGUUAUAUGAAAGGGAUAUUAUUGGUGAUUUUCCCAAUCUGAUAUCAGUUGAGAAUUCAACUACGACGCUUAUCUCUUGUACACCAGUCGAUCACAUGCACAUAAAUUCAAACAAACCAAAUUAUCCAGAAACCUUCUACCCCACACUCGAAUUUCAAUCACCCAUAACAACUUUCUUUUUGUAUUUUAUCAUCAAUUUCGCCCCUUUUACAUUCAGUCAAAAUCGAACCUCCUCACCACUCACCAAUUCCUAUUUCUGAAAUACCCGACAUCCAUCUCUGUAUUCUCCAAAAGAUUGUCAAGUUCAGAAGUUUACAUCGAAUACUCAUCUGGAUUAAUUGACGUUGAGGGUAAAUGAUGUCACUUGCCACUCGAGGUCUAGCUUUCUCGUUAGCUAUUGCUUUAUUGGUAAUAUGUGCUCGAAUAUCAGAAGCUCUUGUAACAAUUGAAAACGGGUUAAAAACCAUGGUGUAUCUAUCACCUAAAAUAACCCAACAUCCGGGUUCGGUUUCAAACAAAUUCUAUUAUGACGUCGAGUUCCCAAAAGGUCAUAUUGCUAUCAAAAGUUUCAAUGCUGAAGUUGUUGAUGAAGCAGGGGACCCUGUUUCACUUCAAGAAACUUAUCUCCACCACUGGGUUGCGUUAAGAUACUACUAUCGUAAGGGUGUUAAAAAUGUUAAGUAUAAUGCGAAUCUCGGGUUCCAACAAGCAGAUUUCAUUCUUGCUGGGAAUGAUGGAAUAUGUGAUCAUGGUCUUCCACAAUUUUUUGGAUUAGGAUCCGAAACACGAAAAACAUCUACUGAUAUUCCUGAUCCUUAUGGAAUCGAAGUUGGUAAUCCACUAAAAGUUCCUUCUGGAUAUGAAGAAAGAUGGAUGUUUAAUAUUCAUGCAAUUGACACUCGAGGUGCCGUUGAUGCAAUGGGAUGUACCGAGUGCAGAUGUGACUUGUAUAAUGUGACGGUAGAUAAGUAUGGUCGGCCUUUGGAACCGAAUUAUGUGGGAGGAUUAUAUUGUUGCUAUGAUGGAACACAAUGCAAAGUGAAAAAUGGGAUUGAAAGUGUUGAAAGAAACCUUUACUUGAAGUACACUGUUAAGUGGGUUGAUUGGAGUGACUCCAUAGUACCUGUUAAAGUCUAUAUAUUUGAUGUCACUGAUACUUGGCAGCACACAGGAAUCCAUGAUUGCCAUAUCGAGUAUGAUAUUGAACAAUCUACUACUGGAGUUGCUACUAAUGACUUUACCAGCACCAGGAGCUCAAGAGGGGUUCUCCCUAUUGAUGGUGAUGUUGUUUAUGGUGUUGCUCACCAGCAUAGUGGUGGGAUAGGUUCUACUCUUUAUGGGGAGGAUGGACGGGUCAUUUGCGCGUCGAAACCUAUAUAUGGGCAAGGAAACAGCGCAGGAGAUGAAGCUGGUUACAUUGUAGGAAUGUCCACAUGUUAUCCUAAACCUGGUUCCGUGAGAAUAGUUAAAGGUGAAGCUUUAACUUUGGAGUCGAACUACAGCAGUGAAAAGAGCCACACUGGAGUUAUGGGGCUGUUCUAUAUACUUGUUGCAGACGCUUCUUUGAAUUUGAAUAAACAGGUUCAAAUUCAUGAAGAAUCAAAAGUACCGAUCUUCUUUUGGGGUUUCGCUGUGUUUGGAUUGGCGAUUUGUGCUGCGGUUUUGGUUGCUUAUCGAAGAAAAAAGCAACACGAGGAUGGGUACCUGUCUAUUGCAACUUAUGAAAGAAAACAAAAAGUUACAACUAGAGAUAACUGUUUUUUUACUGAGUAUCGGUUUCAGUACUGUAUUGAACCAAUACCAGCUGAACUCGAACAACGUCGAUUAAUUGAUAUCAAGGGUCGACACACAACGAUGUCAGUUGGUAGUCAAGGUGUGGUGUUCUUACUAGCUAUCGCGAUGUUGGCGACAUGUGCUCUAAAUUCGGAAGCUCGUGUAACGAUUGAAAACGGGUUAAAAACCAUGGUGUAUCUAUCCCCCAAAAUAACCCAACAUCAGGGUUCAGUUUCAAACAAAUACUAUUAUGACAUCGAGUUCCCAAAAGGUCAUAUCGCUAUCAAAAGUUUCAAUGCUGAAGUUGUUGACGAAGCAGGAAACCCUGUUGCUCUUCAUGAAACUUAUCUUCAUCACUGGGUUGUAGUAAGAUACUAUGAACGGAUAGGUAUCGAAGAUAGAAAAUAUAAAGGUAAUCCGGGGUUCCUCGGAUCAGAUCAAAUUAUUGCUGGGAAUGCUGGAAUAUGCAAGCAUGGUCUUUCUCAGUUUUUUGGAUUGGGAUCUGAAACACGAAAAACUUCCACACGUGUUCCCGAUCCUUAUGGAAUCGAAGUGGGCAAUCCACUUGAAGUUCCUUCUGGAUAUGAAGAGAAAUGGAUGUUGAACAUCCAUGCAAUCGACACUCGGGGUACAGUAGAUCCAAUGGGGUGUACUGAAUGCAGAUGUAACUUGUAUAAUGUGACCAAUGACAAGUAUGGUCGACCUAUAGAUCCAAAUUAUGUGGGAGGGUUGUAUUGUUGCUAUGACGAAGCACAAUGCCAAGUGAAAAACGGUCUUGAAAGUGUUAAAAGAAAUCUUUACUUAAAGUACACAGUUAAAUGGGUUGAUUGGAGUGACUCCAUUGUACCUGUUAAAAUCUUCAUAUUUGAUGUCACUGAUACUUGGGAGAAAACAGGAAUCCAUGAUUGCCUUAUAGAGUAUGAUGUUGAACAAUCUACCACUGGAAUUGCUACUAAUGACUACACCAGUAGCAGAAGGACAAGUGUGAGGUUCCCAAUUUCUGGUGAUGUUAUUUAUGGUGUCGCACACCAGCACAGUGGCGGCAUCGGUUCUGCUCUAUAUAGAAAGGAUGGAGGGGUAAUUUGCUCGUCUAAACCUAUAUAUGGAAAAGGAAAUGAUGUAGGAGACGAAGCUGGUUACAUUGUAGGAAUGUCCACUUGUUACCCUGAACCAGGUUCUGUGAAGAUAGCUAAAGGUGAAACGCUAACGUUGGAGUCUAACUACAGCAGUGAAGAUAGCCAUAUUGGAGUUAUGGGGCUCUUCUAUAUUCUUGUUGCCGAAUCUACUUCAGAAUCGAAUUAUCUGGUUCAAGUGUAUGAAGAAGAAUUAAAAGUACCAAUUUUCUCUUGGGGUUUAGCUGUUUUUGGAUUGGCAAUCUGUGCUGCUGUUUUAGUUGCUUAUCAUAGGAGAAAGCAAAGUGAAGAUGGUUACCAAUCCAUUGCAACUUGAGCUUCUUCUUUGGGUGAUAUGUGAUGAUGGGGUGAUAUGUGACACGAACCUUGUUGGUAAAACUAUAAGUUUUGCGAUUAUAUAUAUGUGAAAAAAAUAUAUAAUUAUAUAUUACUACAAAAUAAUGUCACAGCCAUGUUUAUCACUUGGUUGAUUGAGCAACAAAUCAUGGAGUCAUCUCUUGUCUUGUGAGACAAACAAGAAGCUAGCUAUGAUAGUUUCAUGAACCAUAUAAAUUUUUAGUUACGCUUGUUGAUUGUAUAUGUAGUUAGUCAAUGUAAGAUAAGUAUUACAUAGUUUACUGCAUGUUUAUCACCA